AGAAAAAAAAAAGAUACCAGAGGUGCGUUCAGUUCGCUUGAACGUUUGCAGAACGGUUUGUACUGAACGACACGUUUCCCCCAAAAAGGUAUUGUACGUUCUUGAACAGACUAAGCCAACUAACUAAGGAAAGGGGUAUUUUUGCUGCCGUUUUGGUGGUGUGGCGACUGGCCAUACCGACAGGGUUCCCCUACCGAUAACCCUUCCCCGUUUUUUAACCGGUCGUUCAGUACAACACCAUUUCAGUUCAAUUGAACUUUCCAGAACGUAAAAACGUACUGAACACAGCCCUUGAUUCUCUUGACAGCAGCUGAACAAUUUGGAAACUUUUUUUCCCGAACUAACUCAAAGACAAAAGGAAAAAUUUACUAAAAGUGGAUCCACGUCGUUAUUUUCUCUUUUAAACGCGUGUCAAAGUGUUCAAAUGUGGAAUUAUUAAUGGAUUCGCGGUAUGAGAUCCAGCGGAGGGCCGGUGGGGGAUCGGCGAAUGCUUCACCCGCUCUUGGGGCACAGUCUCGCCGCAGGAAGAUGCCUCCUAGACCCGCUGAUUAUAAACUUCAGAUUAUUAUCAUUGGUUCCCGUGGUGUAGGCAAAACCAGUCUAAUGGAAAGGUUUACCGACGACACUUUCUGUGAAGCAUGUAAAUCAACCGUUGGAGUAGAUUUUAAGAUCAAGACGGUGGAGCUGAGAGGGAAGAAGAUCAGGUUGCAGAUCUGGGAUACAGCUGGUCAGGAGAGGUUCAACAGUAUAACCUCAGCCUACUACCGUGGGGCCAAGGGAAUAGUACUGGUCUAUGACAUCACCAAGCAGGAAACAUUUGACGACCUUCCCAAAUGGAUGAGGAUGAUCGACAAGUAUGCUUCAGAAGAGGCAGAGCUGCUGCUGGUGGGAAACAAGCUGGACUGUGAGACAGACCGCAUCAUCACUAAACAAACUGCAGAGAGGUUUACCUCGAGGAUAUCUGGGAUGCGUUUCUGCGAGGCAAGUGCCAAGGAUAACUUUAACGUGGAGGAGUGCUUUCUAAAACUAGUGGACGACAUUCUAGCAAAGAUGCCUCUAGAGAUUCCCAACAGGAAGCUCUCCAACAGCAUCCUGUCUCUGCAGCCUGAACCAGAAGUACCUCCCGAGCUCAACCCGCCACGCAUGCACUGUUGCUGAGAUGACUCCCCUCUCAACUCUCCACUUCAUCCCCCCCCUCCACCACAUCCCCCCCCUCCACUACUACAUCCCUCCACUACACCCCCCCUCUACUACAUCCCCCCCCUCCACUACUACAUCCCCCCCUCCACUACUACAUCC